AUGGCUAAUUUUGCGUUGCUCUGGAAGGCACGCAUUAUCGAGAAAUACAGGUCGGCAUAUGAAAAAGAGAAAAUUAAUUCAGUGUUACAAACCAAUGUUGAAGUUCCAAAGAACACGUUGAUGCAAAAAUGGUCACAUUACAGCUACAGUACGAAAAAACGUUUGGUAAAAAAGUUUAAAAAUUUGUGCCCCGAAGGAUCUUCCGUAUUCAAUUUACUCGUUUAUUUGACAACCGAUCAGACAUUUCCAAAUUUCUUAAUGAAGAGCGUCAUCGGAUUUAUUGGAGGAAUUGUAUUUACUUAUUUAUGCUUCAUGUUUUUCGUAUUUCAAUUAUCAAUAUCCCUGAUGCAUGCCACUAUUAUGAGCUCGAUAAUAGGCGUCCUACUUACUUUGGGAUUGGCUUUCAGCUAUCGAGUAAGAUGUCUUGUAUUUCUACUGAUACCGCAAUUCUUCUCCCGUGUUGGGAGAUAUACGUUGACUUGCUACGCUUUAGUGCUAAUAUUGACCGGCCCUGCAACAAACACGUUGAAGAACUCUGAAGUGUUAUCCGAAUCUAUGGCUUGUCAUCAGGAACAAAUAAAAACCAGCGUAAAGGAUAUAAUGGAUUCCAUAAAGAAUCCAUUUAACGCAAUGAAAGAUUGGAUAGAGAGAAUGACUGAAGGUAUAAAAGGAAUCGCAAAGAAACUAAAAACAACACUAGUUACGACUCAUCGAUUGGUGAUUAAUAUUGCAAACGUUCUAGAAUCUUCCUUUCCAUGGUUGAAUUCGAUUACGAAGAAAUGUAACCAGAAGUUAGGAACGCCGUACCAACAUUGCGUCCGUAUGUUGAACCUAGGUAGUAGCAGUAGGAUAUUACGAUCUAAAGUACCAAGGUUCUUUAAUUUUGACUAUCUUGCUGAAGUGUCAUGCCAAUCUUUGAAACGCUUCAGAAGAAUAUGUGAGAUUGCUGAUUAUACUAGGACAACUAUUGUUGCUACAAUGAAAAGAAAAUUUAAAAGCUUCGCUAGACGUGUCCAGUCAUUGCUCUGCGUAAAGAUCCACGUCCACCAUUCGUAUUCAUUCAGUAGCAAUGCUAGUCGCUCCGCUAGUCAGGUCGCUGCUGGUAUCGUUACUGAGAUUAGGAACAGAGCUGAUCCGUUGCUGACUUGGUUGUCGUGGAGUUCAUGUGUCACUAGUUUGUUUCUAUUGCUCAUUAUUUUUAGAGCUAAAAAAUACCAACAUAUGUACGAUACUAGAUCUCGUUUCGACAAUCGCUAUGUUACUAAAGAGCUUCGUAACUUGGAUUUUGAAAGGCUCAAAGAAGGCAAAGAAACGAUUCUGCCGUUGAAUCGCCGAGAGAAGGCCAAGUACAUUACUACUACUUCAUUCAGACUAUUGGCAUCAGAGAAAGUCUAUCUUACGCGGUCUAUCGUUCACAUGGUGAUCACAACAUUCAAGCUACUUAUCCACAUGGCAGCAGAUUACAGUCUAUAUUGGGUGUUAAUGACGAUACGGUAUCAUGAGAGAUUUCAAACGCCUUUGCAACCUGGACCUACAAAUGUGGGUGUGCAUAUAUCAGGAAGUGGUCCAGUAGCAGAAAUGCUACGUUCUUUGAUAGGAUUCCUGACCAUACCAUUGUCCGCACAUCCAUCUUCCACAGUCUCCUGUCUACCCAACCCAGACCCGCCUGAUUUGUAUCGUUAUACACAAAUUGGUGUACUAAUAUUUCUACUAUGGUUCUUUGCUCUAUUCGAGCCUUAUGGGCUACGGCUGAGCCACGUUAUUAUGGGUCAUUACCGUCCGGAGCGCGCAAAAGCCAGAGCAUUGUGGCUUUACAAUCAUAUAUUGAAGAGUAGAGGUGGUUUCAUGAAGUUUGCUAGAAGAAAAUUGCACAAGGAAUAUAAAUAUUUAAAAAAAGACGAGCUAACGUUCGUUGAAUGGUUGGAUUCUAUUUUACCAUGCUGGUGGCUACGCUGUUUGCUAGGAACUGUACCAAAAGAACCAAAUUGUUUGCUAUGUGGAUCUAUUGAGGAGACCAACAAAUUGGAUUCGAAACUUGUCAGAUGUGAUACGUCAAAAUGUCCAGGGGUAUAUUGCGAACGUUGCUUCAACGAUUUAGGACAAUUAUGUACUAUUUGCUUGAAUCCCGAGGACUAUGGUGAUUUCAGUGAUGUUAGUUUAGAAAAAGGUUCUUCUGAAGAUAGUAACAGUGACUGUCAGGAUUUCGAUGAACAAAUGGAUACUGAAGAUGAUGCUAAUUUUAAACAAACCAAAUAUAUUAUUGACAAACCAAAAAAUAUCUGUGAGCGAUUUGAAUUGUUGCCUAAAAAGCAAACGGAUACAAGAGAUUGGUUUUUAACUCAAACAAAAAGUAAUUACACUGAAGAAGAUUCGCUUAGAUAUAAAAAUGGUAGACGUCCACUUGCUGAAUUGAACGGGAAUCAAAGAAAAGCAAACAUUGUAGAAAGUUUCAAUGAUGUUUAUGACUUUGAUGUAAAAUUUGAAACAAAUUUAAUGCCAUUAAGUGUAUCUAGUAAACAAUACAGUAAUUUAUAUCCUAGUAGCACCUAUUAUCCAAUAAGUGUUGAAGAAAAAGUUGAUAAAUAUUGGAGAAUAUCGAAACACAAUGUAAAUUCCCAACUUAAUAAUGGUGUUCCUAAAAAUUCAAAAGGUUGCAGUGACUAUCCAUCGCCAAAAUCUAGUUACUAUGAGAUUAAAUUUAAAUCCAGCUCUCUAACAGUUUCGAGAAUGUCGCGUUCUAAUAUAUUUGCCAAAAACUUACGACAUAAUUACAAAAGCAUUUUUCGAUGCAGUAGCAAAGAUAGAAAAAUUAAUACUCGUCUAUUCGCCAAUGAAACUGAUUAUUGUAGCUGCGACUACAACUUUAUCGAGCAACAGAACGUGUCUGAUUAUUGUAAAAAAUCUUGUUUUAUAAAAUCAAGUAAGUCUGAAUCAAAUUCUAAGCAGACAUUGGAUAAUAAAAAAGCAAGUAAGACGCCUCAGGAUGAACCUAAGAAAGAAGAAGCAUCAAAAAAUAACGAAGACAAUGAUAAGAGUGCAGCAGGUCAGGGUGAUAAGCAAGAACCAAAUAAACCUGAGAGUAAAAGCACUUGUCGUUGUAUCAAGCGCAUGCGUAGGCUUUGCUUCUGUCGCCAUAGAAAAUUUAGUUUCACCCCGUGUUCAGUUUUUAAGAAAAUGUUCAGAAAUAAUAAGAAAGCCUCACCUCGAACCCAGAAAACUAAUCACAAAAAGAGAAAAAAGAGUAGUCACACGUCCAGUCAUAAAAGCGAUGACAACAUAAAGAAAGAUAAGGAUGACGAGGAUGCCAGGAUUUAUAGGCUGUCGGAAUACAUUGGCCAACAAGAUUGGAAGAAAACAAAAUUUACGAAAACCCAAAAAUCCUUCCUGACGCAUAAAUGGUUUAAUAAUUACUACUCAUUGCUUCCAAAUACUUCAUCCUUCUCUUUGAGGACAAUAAUGAAGGCAAAGAGAGCGGCCAAUUCUGUCUCCGACUACGGCAUGUCACGGAGUUUAAGAUAUUAUUGUUCUAUAGGAAAUACUGAAUUCGAUCAAAUUGACUGGCCGGAUGCAUUUAAAACUAGAGGUGUACCAAAACAUUUAUUGAAAAAGGAAGAAGGUACUCUAAAAUCGUUAAAGGGGGAGAGUGAGGCCUCUCCAUAUCAUAGCUGUUGCUGCAGUUCACAAGAUAUAUCAAAGAAAUACUUGAACAAUCUCAAACAUUAUCAACCUAAUAAAUUAGCUUCGUCAGUAACAUUAAAUUUCAAAACUGAAUUUGAAAUGCUCUCGAAACCGGUUCGCGGCAUUAAACUGAAGUCCAUCAAACAUGCUAUGUCUGAUCGGUUUCUACAUUUGAGAUUACGAAAUCCACUGCCUUUGGUAAGAGAUUUUUACUCGAGUAUGCUUGAUGCGAAAAUGAGAAAAACACAUGGUAAAGAAAACGAUGGUAAAUGUAAAGCUGUAACGGUGCAUCCGAAACGUAAAUCGGCGACUUGCCAGUGUAACAGUGUCUGCGACCAAGAAGUAGGCGACUGCCCAAAUUAUGAAUUUAAGAAAGAAAAUGUUGAAUCGACCAAUCGACGCCCUAUGCUGGAUAACUCCUGUGAGACGCGAGAAUUGCUGGUACAGAAGCCAGAGUUGUCGAAGACGUCGGCAGGGAAUCAGGCCGCUUUGGAAAUCAAUCGGAGAGAAUAUCCAAUAUCAACAUCUAACAACAGUCUCUCUACAGUUAACAUCAGAAGUAUGUCUUUCCUCAUCGUACAAAAAUCCAGAGAACAGCCCAGCAACACAGAUCCACUGCAAAGGGUGGAAACAGUUAAUAAAAGCGUUGACACUUCACAUACAGUAUUACAUCAGAAAAGAAAUGAAAUAACAAACACAACACCAUUGCACAACAAGACAAAUACAGCGGUCGGCUCCAGUCAUUUUGUAGAGACGGUAUAUCGACCUGUAGAACAAGGCAGCCAACCUACAGAAUAUUUACAAGGAAGAAAUGUGUCGUCAACAUGUCAUAAGCUAAUGGACCUAAAAAAAACUGUUUCCACAUAUACACCGAGAAAAGUUCAAACGACCAACCACCAAAAACCGUAUAUCUUCCGACCUACGCACAAUGAAACCAAUUGCCCAGAGGAUCCAACAUUGACGACCCAUCUAGAACCCUUAGGCCUUGGAUCACCAAAAAAUAAAGGUGACGAUCAUAAUUCUUCAUUCCAAAAGAGGCAACGAACAGUAGCUACUAGUGGAACAAACAAUUACGAAGACGCGGUAAGUGAGUGGGAGAGGCAGUACCAAAAGCAUCGUCGAGAAAAUGAAGCACUAGAACAAGAAAGAAAACGUAGAUUGCAACGAGAAGACAACAGGAACAGACUGGAUAAUCGUAAAACGCAAUGUGUACCGAAACGAGAUAGCUUAUCGAAGAUUAAAAAGCGAUCAGAGAAAAAUUCUAGCACCAAUAAAAGUGACAACUAUGAUUCUUCUUUUCAAACUGAACGCCAUUGUCCCGGUAAUGAUAUUCCAGUUAACAAGAAGAGUCGUGACGUAUACACCAGUCCUCAAAGAAUUGCAAGCCGGAUAACAAAUCGCGAGAGAUAUCCAAGCAACGAUAGACAGUUGAACAAUGAUAGACUCGGUAAUUCCAAUAUUGAAAAAAUCCUCAGUCGAAAUUCAGUAUACGAUAGAAACCGUGACCACGAAAGACAUCCUUCAUCUUACGACAGAUACUCUCCGGUCUACGAUAGACUUCUUGACCACGAUCGAUAUGCUGACUUCGAGAGACGUAACUCCCGAACCAUACCUCAUGAAAUCCAAGAAAGCUAUCUACGUCACGAUAGACUAUUGGGUCCAGAAAGACGAGAUUUUCAGAAUGCACCGGUUAAUGUACCUGAAAGAUUAGAACGAAAAGAAUUAAGUAAACGGGAACGUAAUAAAAUGCGGGAAGAACCUCGAAAAUCGUCUAAGCGUGGCUUAGAUGUUGCGGAACAAGUUGACUGCGAAUGUGCGGAGGUUACAAAGAAGGUUUCAAAGAGGACUGGAAAGAGUGAUGCCAAAAAGUGUAGAAAUUCAAAACCAAAAACAAAAACAGCAACAUGUCAAUGUCCGCCAUCACCAAUGUUGAAAACACCAAAGUUAUCAAAAAUAAAAUCUGACACGCGAAUGUCUACGGACGAGGACGUGGAUUUCAUUGUGGAUGAAGUGAGAACGGCGUCCCGGUGCAGUCUAAGGGGAGGCAGGACGUAUACAAAAAUGGUUCCAGCACCACUGAACAAUACCUACCCAAGAACGAAUAGAGCCAGAUCGGCGUCUUGCUCGUGGAAUGCGCAAAGUGAAAGUGAGAUUGGAGACUCGUGGAGCCGUGAGAUGCCUCGCAGCGUUUACACCACUACAUCAAAGUUAUUCGAGCGUGAACAAUCUCGAAAGUACGGUGUCCCGACAUCGAUGGAUUGUAACGGAUGUUCCGACAACAAAUCGCUGUCAUCUCAAUCAUCUCGUGUCUCGUGUAGUAAAUCCUCUUGCUGUUCAUGUCCUUCCAACAAGAGUAAAUGCCACAAUAGCAAACAUAACCGUAAGAAGUCACAGAAGGAUAAAGUUCUCACUAAAGUUAUUUCGGACAUAAUAGAAUCGUCAGCGUUUCAAUCUACGCAAUGGGCUGCGGAUGAAGAUAUUGGCUACGAGGAUCGAAACGUAUUGAUCUCGAAAGACAACGAAUGUUCAGAUUCCGAUGAAUCAGACGAUCAUGAUGAAGUUAGAAUUAUCCCCCCAAGAAAUCGAAAUAUAUGUGAAACACCAUUAAAAGUUGAAUGUUAUCCAAAACCUCAAUGCCACAAAACUAAACAAAGUGAUAUGCGCAGACCGAGGAAGACAACAAUUUAUCAACCAGCGCAAGCACCAACCACGCCAUCAACGUAUGUACCAACACAAAACCGUUGUUCUAGGAAUCGUCUGAUAGCACGCAGACAACGAAAUCACUGUUCUCCGUGUGAUUUAGACCAGCGAAGAUCUUGUUUGUCUCGGCUGACUGAAUAUCCAUCAUCGGCUGACAUUAUGGACCCUAUAUCGUUGAAACGUCCAUGCAGACAGUCUAGAAGGUGCCCAAGUGAUAUUCAAUGUUCUAAGAAAUCACCUAUGGAUCAUUGUGCAGUCAUCAAGAAGCGACAAUCUGAGACAUCUCCUUGCAAUAAUGAGACGUCAGAUUGUACAAUGUGUAUGAAGAAAGCGUCACAAGGUACCCGCGAGACGGCAUCGGGGGAAACGACCAUUAAGCCUCGAUGUAUAUUGUACCAGAAAGAUCCGAGCAAAUCAAAGCACAGCCCUUGUAGCGACUGUCAAUGCUACAAGAAGAAAAAUAGCUACAAUAUAUGUCAAGUUCCCACCCAAACGCUGCAACAGUGGCCCACACAUAGUAUUGAAACUGAAGAAAUCAAAGGCUAUCUCAGAUCGUUGUGUCGCAAUUGCCAAUGUGAAAAAUCCUAUAUAGAAUCGCAAUCGCACAAACCGCAGGCGCAGUCGAAGGUGUGGGUAAACCCUAACAAGAGCAGUGACCUACGCGGCUACUUGCAGACGACGUGGCGUAAUUGCCAAUGCGGUAAAAUUAAAACGGUCGUGGAAACAAUAAACAAAAAUGCUACCAAAGUGAAUAGCAACUGCAUCACUACUGCGCCAGUCAUCCAGACAUUGUCGACAACAAAGGUCGGCAUAGCCGGUGUCGACAACAGCGCCCUCUCCAUUUGCAGGAACUGCCAGUGCAUAAAGAAAAAACUUGGUCAGAAAAGUAACAAUACACCACUGCGUAUGAAGAAAUCUUAUGAUCAAACCGAAGCACAACGUCGUGCGAUCAAUUUAAGCUCAAUGGAUCUACGUCGGUAUGAAGAUUGUGUUCGAAGUACAUCCAGCUACGUAGCACCGACUUUUAAACACCAGAUUGUUCCUGAAUCAUCUUAUGACGACUUGAAUGCAGAAUAUGAUACAAAACCAGUUAAAAAUAAAACCAGCAUAGAAGCAUCUACGUUAGUCGAACAGAUCGAGAAACCUGAUAUACCUGAAAUACCUUCAGGUAAUUACUUGACUAAUUCACUUACCGAUGGUUUCUGA